GAGAGUUUCAGAACUUGAUUUAUCAUUCAACAUAAACUCUUUGUGUACAACAUUCAACGACUAAUUAAAAGAUCAGCCAUGAAGAAUUUAGCUUUCGUUCUCUAUUUAUCCUCUGCCAUUUUGGUGGCGAAUUGUUUUCCUGAUUUGUUUUCUGAUCUCACUAGAUUUACCCAAACUGAAAUAGAUCUAUGGAAAUCUUUGAUUCCAAAUGUUAAGGCUUUUCCCGAUGCAUUAAAAGUACUCAGUUUGGGUGGAUGUCCACAACCAGAAAACCCACCAAGUGAUUUCGAUUUUAGAGAUCUUUUAGGACUUUGGUAUGAAACUGAACGAACUGCUCUCUUUGAGCUUCUCGAGACUGGACAAAAGUGUCCCCAGAUUACCUUUUCAAAUGAUGAGAAUAACGAUUUAAAGGUUAACAUGACUGUUAUAUCAUCACUUCUAAACACUCCUGUGACUUCGAUAAAGUCAGCCAAAAUCAAUUCAAAUCAACCAAAUGUCUUCUCAAUGAGAUACUCACUUUUGGCUUCUGACAUUCAAUAUUGGGUAGUAGACACUGACUAUGAUAAUUAUGCUCUGAUUUUUGCAUGCAAACAAUCGCUCUUUUUAUCCAUUCGUAAUGCAUGGAUUCUUGGCAGAAAGGCCACUCUGGACGCAUCCAUUCGCGAUAAUUUGGUUUCCAAGUUGAGCAAACUAGGAGUUCCAGAGACCAGUUUGAUCAAGUCUGAUCAAUCCUGUUCAACUUUUGUGCCAAUUCAGUAAUUAUGUAAUUCCAAUUGUGAUAUUAAGAUAAUUUAUACCCAAUUUGGUCAGAAAAUGUAUAAUUAUCUGAAUAUCUACCAUUUAAUGAUAAAUAGUACUGAGAGUAACUAUUAUAAAUUACGUUAUAAUUACGCUAAUUUAAUAGAUUCACCUUUUUAAUACAAUUCAACAUAAAUCAUGAGAAAAUUUCCACCGAAAAUUUCCUUUGAAUACAAAAAUAAAUCUUUGAUUUUUGAUCAAA